CUUACUUUGCGCACAAUGUCCGAACAGAACAUCGCGCAAAUCGCAGAAGCGACGAUUACUGCUCCGUUUCAGUGCUCAUACUGUCGGCAAAUCUUCUCCCGGAUCGACCAUCUUGGCCGCCAUGUCCGCAGGCACACGCACGAAAAACCUUACCAAUGCAAUACCUGCGGUAAAAGAUUUGCACGAACAGAUCUUGUGAAGCGCCACAGGGCACAGCACGCUCUUGAACCGUCUCGGCCGAGGGUGUGCGAACCCCAUUCACGUGCAGGGCGAAGAGUUAAUCAAGCCUGUAAGGCUUGCGCGGCUUCGAAACUGAAGUGCAGUGACGGUAAACCAUGCCAACGCUGUGUGCGUAGGAAGAUGAUGUGUGAGUAUGAGUCGGCAACGACUGCCGAACGGAGGCCUUCAUCACAGGAUUCUCACACGGCCGAUAUCCCGAUGAGCGAACACGAGCCCCAGACGAUAAUAGCGAACGCAACAAUCACUUCGGUUCCGUCAACGUCAGUCGAGGAGUUAUCUCCGCCUACUGCAGCUAUGCUUGAGUCAGCCGAGGUACCUCGCGGUACCAGUUCGAGGGACAGCCCUCCAACAGCUUUAGCGACAACUACAGGCAAAUUAUUGGGACACCAGAGCGAAUUCCAGAAUCCCCAUCAUGACGAAAUCUCACUUUCAACUGGGGACUGCCCUGCGAUCGAGCAAGCGAACUUUUGGCCGGAUGAGGUAGCUCGCAACUACAGCGAGGUUCUGAAAGACCUUCUUGACUCCAGCGUGACGUCGCCAAUCUUUUUGGAGGGCAUGGAUCAGGCGGCCAGUACCUUUUGGGACACCUUCAUGGGCUCCAAUGAGGAUUUUCUGGAUAUUGCUGAUAUUCCUUUACUUGAUCUCCAGCCGUUCGAUUUCGAAGAACUUGAGGGCCGAUCGACUGAAGUAAACGACAAUGAAGACAGCGGCCUACCUCUUCACAUUGCGUCUGCUGCAGCAACUCAGGCUUUCAGAGUCUCCGGGUGGGAUUGGGGACCAACCCGCGGAGACAGCACCUCCGCAGAAACGACCAACCUAAUCCUUCCCUCCGGCAUCUCUUGGAAUGAUACCAUCAGUGGCGCUGUACGAACACAAAUAAGUCCCAUGGUGAAAUCCGAAGAUCGCGACCGCUUGCUAUCGCUGCUCCUGCAUCAUUGUGUGAAGGAGCAAUGGAUCCGUAUCGCCCCAAGUUUCCCUUCUGAGUCAUUCUUAGAUCAGAUGGUACUCCAAUUCCUGGCUUCCCAACGACUUGAAACAGUACCUUGGUUCCACAUACCGUCACUUCGACUGGACAAAGUGAGAGUAGAGCUGUUGGCAGCUAUGGUCGGUGUGGGAGCAUGUUUCACUCCGCGUGAAGCUGUGCAGCGCUUUGGAUACGUCAUGCCCGACAUAUUACGAUACGCUGUGGUCGAAUGUUGGACCAUGGACAAUACCACAUCAAGAGACCCUCAGCUGCUCCAGGCCUGGCUGACACAAGCCGAGCUCUCUACAUGGAGCGGUAACAAGCGACAAAUGGAGAUCGGAGAGAGCAAUUAUCAGCAACCCAUUACGAUCAUAAGACGCGCUCGCUGGUUGCGACGAGACCAAUAUCGACGUAUUCGUCCUGAGCCGAGCGAUGAGAGCGAGGCUUUGAGUCAAAAAUGGAAAGAUUGGAUCGAACAGGAGACUAGAAAAAGACUCAUCUACCGAGCCUUUGUCUUCGACGCUGAGAUGUCUAUGAACAACCAUGUAAAUCCAUUGAUGUCGUACGCGGAGAUGCGGGUUCCGUUCCCUGACCCAAAUCCAUUGUGGUUCGCCGCGACAGCAGAAGAAUGGAAAACAGAAUACUACAACCACCUUCAACAUAUCCCAGACAUUCCCUUGACACUCGCGGAUACCGUACGUCUUACCAUCGAUGAAGGGCACUGGUCACAGCCAGACCUCAGCCAACAAGUUUGUCAUUACACACUCUACGGGUUGUGGAACUCAGUUUGGGAGCUUCUGCAGUUGUACGAAACAACUCAGGGGGACAACUCAGGGGGAAUAGACGUUAUGCAUACCGCGCCUAGUCUGAUGAUCUCAGUGCGGCGAGAGGCCCUUACCAAGUCUUUGCAUGCGCUCCGAGUUAGGUUGGACUCAUUGGCCGCAGAGAACUCGACAUUUACGACGGAAGCGACGUUUUUACUAGAGUAUCUGAGCAUGGUUCUACUGGUACCCCUCCAGGGACUGCAAGCGUUUGCUGGUAGAGACGGCGAAGGGGAGGCUCGACGUGUCUAUCCUGCACUCCAGGAAUGGGCUCAGACACGAGAAGCACGCCAGGCCAUCUGGCACGCUGGACAGGUCUACAGGGCUGCUGAUGCUCUGGCAAAUCGCAGUCUGCGAGGCACAUGCGUUCACUUGGUAUACCAAGCAAGCGUUACUUUGUGGGUCUAUGGGAUUAUGUCAAGGGCCCGCCGGCGGCGCGAUCAACCUAUUUUGGAGGCUCUAGAAGAUGUCGAUCACCGUGCUCUUAUAUGGCUUGAUCGAGAUGAUCUCCGCACAGUCCGAAAAUUCAUCGCAACGUCAGAAGGCAUACCAGCGAUUCGUUCAAGCGAUCGUGCACGGGGAAGCAAGGCAUUCCCGGCAGACGACAAAUCAGCGUGUUUCAUUGAGGAUGCCAGUGCGACUAUGCGUGCUGGAGUCAAGAUCUUGAAGAGAACAUCCGGCCAAAGAGAGGUCUCCCAGCACGCAAUCGUCAGCAGCGUCUCUCGUUUGAUGAUAGAGUUGGCCAAAGUCGCGGAGAUAUUGUGGUCCAGUGCACGGGCUUGAUACUUAUCGUAGUUCUUACGUAUCACGAUCCAGGAUCGUCUGAUCUGCUUUCGUAGUCUAUCACAUCGCGGAG